AUGGAGGGAAAUGCCCACCUCCUCCAGGUCAUCCGCAAGAUGCGUUCCCAAAUCAACAAGCUGGAGAGGGAAAACAGGGCCCUGAAGGGAGAGCUGCAGGUCUGCGGGCAGAGGGUUAUGCCACCGGAGAGAGAGGCAGCGAGAGGAGGUGGGGACAGCGAUGCGAGGAGCCCCGCCGGUGAUGGGGAAGGACCCGCUGGCUCUCCAGCAUCGCUGCGGGGAAGCAUCACAGCCAGUCCCGCUCUGGCAACAAAGGAGCAGACAGAUACUGCCAUGACCGUGAGACGCUACCCCCCCAUCUCACCAGCUCCUGCUCCUUCCAGUGCAAGGUCCCGCUGGGCUGGCAGGAAACCUUCGAGCAGCGGGUUCCCAGAGGUGCCAGGCAGUGCCUGGCCACUGGCCCCUCCUGCUGCAGCACAGCUCACCAGGGAGGAGGAGAAAGGGCCUGAAAAAUCACCCUCCAGCUGUCUCUCCUGCAGCCACUCCAGCAACAUGAAGCUGUUUCAGGAACACGUCUAUAGGUGCAGGGGUAAAGUAAAGGCUGUCAGCUUCCUCUUACCAGUGGAUAUGUCACCAUUUGCUGAAAAGCAAGGUUCCCUCAAAAGCCCAGAAAACCAGAGCACAAAACGUCUGAUGACCAUCGCUGAAAAGGAUAUGUGAGCCAGUGAAUUUUUAAAGGCCUAUUGAUUCCCCCAGAUAAACUGGCCUUAAAUGACAGCUGUGUGUCAGUUCCCCCACUGCAAAAUGCUCUGGCAGGAUGCCCGCAGAGCAUCACCCAGCCUGUGUUUCGGGUCACGGCCCGAUGUUCAGAUGGAAAUGGAAGCCGUGGAAAAGGCGGCUGCGAGCCCGUACGCUGGGAUGAAGCCACACAAAGCGAAGGUACCUCCGCACAAUUCUUCUGGGCAACACAUCUCAAGGACCCCUUACCCCAGGACUGACGUAAACAGGCUGUUGAAGCUGUUUUUGGUGUGUUUUUGUCACAAAAAGCACAAUCUUUG